AUGAUCAAAACAGAAUUGAUUGAUUCAAAGAAAUGUCUACCUACAUAUGUUAUAAGAGACAUUUUACAUAUCAUUCCGUAUAAUAAUCGCUAUACAAAGUCAUAUUUAUCUCUUGCCAAACUCAUAUCUGAUGAAUACCAUGUCAAAGAGGUCAACACUGUCAUACAUAUCUCAAAUUUCCUAUUUUAUAAAGAAUAUGGAAUUAAAUUAGACAAAUAUGAUAACUUCGAAAAAGAUAAUUUUAAAAAUCUCGAUAUUCAUACAGAGAAUACAAUAUACAGAGCAAUUAUGAAUAAUGACUUAGAAAUAUUCAUUUCGUUCACUGAAAGAGAAGGAUUUGAUAAAUAUCAAAUUCUUCAAAGCAAUUUAUAUCCAUAUACUAAAGAAGGAUAUUCAUUACUUGAAUUAUGCUGUUACCAUGGAGCAGUUGAUUGUUUCAAGUUUUUAAGAACAAAAUUCAACUCAAGAAUAACUGAAAUAUGUCUUCAAUUUUCAUUUUUAGGAGGAAAUCCAGAGAUCAUGAAUGAAUGUUUGAAAAAUAAAAAACCAGACAAAAAAUGCAUGGAAUAUGCAAUAAUUUCACACAACAUUGAUUUUGUUACAUUCUUGAAGAAUGAGUACAAUAUGGGGAUCGAUAUAGAAUAUUGUGGAAUUUUCAAUAAUCUUGAAUCCUUUUUAGUUCAUUUCGAUCAAACAAAUGAUAUAAGAAGAUGUUUCGUUUAUUCAGCGAUAUUUAAUAUUCCAUCCCUUUUCGAAUACUUCCUUUCACAAGGUGUAAAUAUCAAUGAAAAAAAUGAAGAUGGAAAAACUGCACUUCAUAUUGCAGCAUUUUAUAAUAAUAUAGAAGCUGUUGAAGCUCUCAUUUCAUAUGGUGCGAAUGUCAAUGAAAAAGAUAACUAUGGAAAAACCGCACUUCAUUCUGCAGCAUAUUAUAAUUGUAAAGAAACCGCCGAAGUUCUCAUUUCACAUGGUGCGAAUAUCAAUGAAAAAGAUGAAGAUGGAGAAACCGCACUUCAGACUGCUGCACGUAAAAACAAUAUAGAAAUUGUUGAAGUUCUCAUUUCACAUAAAGCAAUUUUUUAG